CACGCGCUUCCGGUAGAGGCGCGGACGGGGCGCGGCUGGCUGCGGUGAGUCUGCUGGACCCUGGGGCCGGAAUCUAGCGCGUGAGGGCUAAAACCAUGAGUGAAUUUCGGAUUCACCAUGAUGUCAAUGAGCUGCUCAGCUUGCUGCGCAUCCAUGGGGGCGAUGGAGCUGAAGUCUACAUUGACCUGCUGCAGAAGAACCGGACUCCGUAUGUUACAACAACUGUCUCUGCGCACAGUGCCAAGGUCAAAAUUGCAGAAUUUUCUCGUACUCCUGAGGACUUUCUAAAGAAAUAUGAUGAACUGAAAUCUAAAAAUACAAGAAACCUUGACCCCCUGGUGUACCUCUUGUCAAAACUCACAGAAGACGAGACUUUGCAGUAUUUGCAACAGAAUGCCAAAGAAAGAGCUGAACUUGCAGCCACUGCCAUGGCCAGCAGCACCAGCAGUUUUAGUGUUCCUACCACAGUGUCCAAGAUGUCCGUGCAGGAGCUCGAGGAGCUGAGGAAGCAGCUCGGCAGUGUGACCACAGGCUCCACACUGCAGCAGUCUCUAGAACUUACAAGAAAGAUGCUUCGAGACAAGCAAAACAAAAAAAAUUCAGGCCAGCACCUCCCUGCCUUCCCAUCGUGGGUGUAUGAGAGACCUACACUGGUUGGAGAUUUCCUGAUUGGUGCAGGUUUAAGCACAGACACGGCUUUACCUAUAGGAGCGCUGCCUUUGGCCUCCCAGGAGUCGGCAGUGGUGGAAGACCUGCUCUACGUGCUAGUUGGUGUGGACGGCAGGUAUAUCACUGCUCAGCCCCUGGCCGGGAGGCAGAACCGCACCUUCCUUGUGGAUCCCAACUUGGACCUGUCCAUCCGAGAACUGGUGAACAGAAUCCUCCCUGUGGCUGCCAGCUACUCCACCGUGACCAGGUUCAUUGAAGAAAAGUCUUCCUUCGAGUAUGGGCAGGUGAACCAUGCCUUGGCAGCUGCCAUGAGGACCUUAGUGAAGGAGUACCUGAUCCUGGUCACACAGCUGGAGCAGCUGCACAGGCAGGGCCUUUUGUCACUGCAGAAGCUCUGGUUCUACAUCCAGCCAGCCAUGCGCACUGUGGACAUCCUGGCCUCUCUUGCCACCUCAGUGGAUAAAGGCGAGUGUGUGGGUGGGUCAACUCUGAGCCUUCUCCACGACAGAAGCUUCAACUACACGGGGGACAGCCAGGCACAGGAGCUGUGCUUAUACCUGACCAAGGCAGCCAGCGCACCAUACUUUGAGGUCUUGGAGAAGUGGAUCUACAGGGGGAUCAUCCAUGACCCCUAUAGCGAGUUCAUGGUUGAAGAACACGAACUUCGGAAAGAGAAGAUACAAGAGGACUACAAUGACAAGUACUGGGACCAGCGGUACACUGUGGUGCAGCAGCAGAUCCCCUCCUUCCUGCAGAAGAUGGCAGGCAAGAUCCUCAGCACAGGAAAAUACCUCAAUGUGGUCAGAGAGUGUGGUCAUGAUGUCACCUGCCCUGUGGCCAAAGAGAUUAUCUACACACUCAAAGAGCGGGCUUAUGUUGAGCAGAUUGAAAAAGCAUUCAACUAUGCCAGCAAGGUGCUGCUGGACUUCCUGAUGGAGGAGAAGGAGCUGGUGGCCCACCUGAGGUCCAUCAAGCGCUACUUCCUGAUGGACCAGGGAGACUUCUUUGUGCACUUCAUGGACCUCACCGAGGAGGAACUCAGGAAACCCGUGGAGGACAUUACUCCUACACGCCUAGAGGCUCUGUUGGAGCUGGCCCUGCGCAUGAGCACUGCCAACACUGACCCCUUCAAAGACGACCUCAAGAUUGACCUGAUGCCUCAUGACCUCAUCACUCAGCUCUUGCGGGUUCUAGCCAUUGAGACCAAGCAGGAGAAGGCAAUGACCCAUGCUGAUCCCACUGAGCUCACGCUGAGUGGCCUUGAGGCCUUUUCCUUUGACUACAUUGUCAAGUGGCCCCUGUCACUGAUCAUCAACAGGAAGGCACUCACCCGCUACCAGAUGCUCUUCAGGCAUAUGUUCUACUGCAAACAUGUGGAGCGGCAGCUUUGCAGUGUCUGGAUCAGCAACAAGACCGCCAAGCAGUACGCGCUGCACUCUGCAAAGUGGUUUGCUGGCGCCUUCACUCUGCGGCAGCGAAUGCUUAACUUCGUUCAAAACAUUCAGUACUAUAUGAUGUUUGAAGUGAUGGAACCAACCUGGCACAUCCUUGAGAAAAACCUGAAGUCUGCCUCCAACAUCGAUGAUGUCCUUGGCCAUCACACGAGCUUUCUGGACAACUGCCUGAAAGACUGCAUGCUGACCAACCCCGAGCUUUUAAAGGUCUUCUCUAAGCUCAUGUCUGUGUGCGUCAUGUUCACCAACUGCAUGCAGAAGUUUACACAGAGCAUGAAACUGGACAUAGAUGCUAGCACUGCAGCAAAGCACCAUUCUGGGGCUGCCCACAGAAGCCAGGCCAAGGAGCUACCCUGGAAGGAGCCCUCCAGGAAGCACCUGGCGGAGCCUGUGGACACCCCUCAGGUGGCCUCUGGCUUUGAAGCCACCAUCAAUAACUUUGACAAGAACUUUUCUGCUCAUCUGCUUGACCUGCUAGCCCGACUGAGCGUCUAUAGCACCAGUGACUGCGAGCAUGGCAUGGCCAGUGUCAUCUCCAGGCUCGACUUCAAUGGCUUCUACACAGAUCGACUGGAGCGCCUGUCUGCAGAAAGGAGCCAGAAAACAGCCCCCCAAGUGCCUGUCCUACGGGGGCUCCCCUCACCAGCACCAGCACCCAGGGUGGCAGUCACUGCACAAUGAACUCUGCGGCCAGUCAGUGCUAUGAUGCAGUGAUCUCAGAAUUUUUAAAUCAGAUGUUCCUGGAACAUAUAUGUUAUAUGUGCUGUUAUUGUUUAAA